AUCAACUGGAGCUCACAGUGUCCUUUUUAGACACCAGAAGUUUUUUUCUGUGCUUUUUCUUGAAACUGAAUUAUUUUAUUGACUUUUUUUGUGGUGGAAGAUAUGACAUUUGCCAUUGUCAUACUUUAAAUUGCCUAAUGCAAAGAAUUAGCCACUUUUUUUAAAUCUGCACUUCGAAUGAUAUCAAUAGAUAUUUCAUUUGGAAGAGAUUUUCGUCUUUUUUUUGUUGGGGAAUAGAGAAUUUGCCACAUCUUUCUCCUUUGAUAACACAUCAUUUUUGACAACUUUUUUGGAGAUGAGAUCGCAGGAUUUUCUCAUUCUUUGGCUUUUCCUGAGUGCUGUUGUGACUGUGACGGCAAACCGAUACAGCCUUUACUCUGGAUCCCAACCACAGUACAGCUCACAGAAACCUGCUGCCAGGCAUAAGAACCACUGUGCUUAUGUUGUGGAGAAGACUGUGUCUUACACUUUUCAGGAUGGAGCCACCCCCUACAUGAAAGCAGAUUACAACAAAUGUCCCUGGGGUCAGAAAUGCCCACCUAAGUACCGCAUGUUCUACAAACCCAUGUAUAAAGUAGGACAUAAGACUGUAACUGAGCUGGAGUGGAAAUGCUGUCCUGGAUAUGCAGGUGUUGCCUGUACUGCGGUCUAUGGAAUGAAAGCAAGACCAUCUUUCAAAGGACCAAUGCCUGGACAAAAGGGUCCUAUGCCUUAUAGAAGGGUCAUGCCUGCACAGAAGGGUCCUAUGCCUCCCUUUAAAGGGCCUAUGCCUGCCCAGAAAGGUCCUAUGCCAUCUUUUAAAGGGUCAACGCCUACACAAAAAGGUCCAAUGCCUCCAUUUAAAGGGCCCAUGCCUGCCCAGAAGGGUCCCAUGCCAUCUUUUAAAGGGCCCAUGCCAGCACAAAAGGGCCCCAUGCCUUCUUAUAAAGGACCUAGACCUGCGCAGAAGGGCCCAAUGCCUUCUUUUAAAGGUCCUUAUCCCUCUCAAAAGGGCCCGAUGACAUCCUUUGAAGGCCAAAUGAAUCGACCUAGCUUUAAUGGUGACCCUUGGUAUCAACCUCAAGCACCAUCUAAUAGUAUGAAUGGGUACCCUGGUGGUAACUCUGAGUCCACUUUCCAAGCCAACUCAUUUGAACCUCAUCCAGACAACCAGGAGCCUGAAGUAGACCAAGCUGAACCCAUGCAAGUCCCUCAAGAUCCUGACCAUGAGCUAACUCCAGUAGAGCACGAGCCAAGCACAGACUUCCAGGACCCUUCAUCUGUUUACCAUAGUACUGCAGUAGAACGCAGUGAGACAGAGCCUGUUCCUAAUGCACAGGUGCCAUCUGCUAGCAGUGAAACAAAUCGAGAUCAUGUUGAAUACAGUGUUGAGAAUGAACGGUUGGACAGGAUAGAGCAGGAUGUUCAGAGACUCUCUCUUGGUCUCGAGACUCUCCGUGGUACAGUGACAGGCCUGGAGGACAGCUUACGUUCAUCCCUGCGCGAAGACGCCAAUCGGAUGUUGAACGCCCUCAUUUCUGCAGCACCCAGCCCUAUCACUUCACCAUCUCUGUCCAGGGACUCAUCCAUUGGUUUCGGAGAUCUGCCUGGGGGCCUUCCGGAUAUAGAAGGUUCAGACGUGAUGGGGCAGUAUCCAAACCUGGCCGAUUUGGCUGAAAAAUUGUCAGAGCUACAAGCAGAGCUAGUGGUAAAGACAUCUGAGCUGAAAAAGUUGAGAGGAGUAGUCUUAAAUCACAACAGCACCCUUAACAGACUGUCAGAUAGGUCAGUUAACCUCACUCAGAUCGAUUUCCAAAAAGCCUUGGAGACGCUGGUGGAAUCCAAAAUGAGUGAGGCUCAGGUGGCCAGUCUAGAUGGCUUUGAAAAGCGCGUGGAAAGUGCCGAAGAGCGAUGCAAGGGUCAUGUGGCAGAGUUGCGGCUCCAGUGCAAAGAAGAACUUGUAGAUGGACAGGAUCAGAUUGAGCAAGUCAUAGAUGUAAGAGCUGCAAUACUGAGAGAAGAACUUCAGAAACUCCAGGCCCAACUCCAUGACCUGGAGUCUGAAGAGGGUUGCUGCAUUGCAGUGUCAGGUCUAACUGAAAGAAUACAUUAUUUGGAGCAUUCAGUGGAUGGCUUGAACGAAUCCCAAAUACACAUGCGUGCUGAACUCGGUGGACACAAAGACCAUAUCGAUGGCAUGUUGGAAGGUCGACUACGUUAUGUCGAAGCAAAACUAAACAUUGAAACAUUUAAUCAAGAGGAAGCGAAUGCAAGCAAAAGAGAGAUUGCCAGCCUGGAAAUACAAAUCGAAGAAAAGCUUAAGGCUCUUGAAAGUCGUCUCUUGGCUUCUGUGGAGGAGCUGGGUAACCUCACCGCACCAGCUUUGCUAGAAGGUCAGGCUGUGCCCACGCUUGAGACAGAGGUAGAAUUGCUUCGAAAAAGAGUGGAGGAGGAUUUGAGCCGUGUUCAGAAUGAUCUCAAAUCCAUAGAGGUUGUCUGUACUAGAUCUUGUGCUCCACAUCCUGUCCUUACAGGAUAUGUAGCUCCUUUGGAAACUACGGAGAAGAGAUGUGAAGAGAGUCACGAGGAUCUGAAUGAGAAAUUUGAGUUUCAAGCAGAAAGACUAAAUCGUCUCAACACCACUCUGUACAAUCUCCUUGUCCAGUUGGCAGAGAAACAGGAGGAAGCCGGUUUGCAGGCUGAGGUCACCCUACUGAAAGUCAGUGUGAACUCUGUUAAUAAAUCUCUUUGUGGAUUGCAAGAGUCAGUUGGUUCCGUGAUCAAAGAUGUGGGCCACACCAACCUCACCUGGCAAGAGAGAGAGGAGAGGCUUGCACAGCAGGUGAAGGGUAUGGUUCAGCUGGUUGGGCGACAAGCAUCCAUGUUGGGUACCGGGGAGCGAAAGUUGACCCGUCUGAAAGGGGAACUCCAGGAUCUACGCCGCAGAGUGACUGGAGAGCUCCAGGGUUGCCGCUCAACUGCCCUGGAUGUGCAGAAAGAGGUGACCGAAGUUGGGGGCCGUGUUGCCCGUGUGGAAGGUCAGUGCGGAGGUCUUGCACACUUGGCUGAUGACCUGGAGAGAAUUCGUGGAGAAUUGGAGAGGCACUCUGAUGGCUCUCUGUCGCAAUUUAAUAGUACCCUUGUUCGCCAUUCCCAACAGCUGUCCGAGCUUAGAGGGAGCCUCCAAAACUGCACUGGACCAUGUGGGCUUAACAGGAUAGCAGAGGACAGUGUGUUAGAACCGACCUAUCCACGAGGAGACCAAUUUGCAGUUCCCACACAGCACAGGGGUGACUAGUAAAUCAAACUUUAUAAUGUGAAGAGUGCUCUCUUAUAUAGACCGACCUAUAAUAAA